AUGGUUUAUCCCAGGAUAACCCAUCCCGUUCCUGUCCCAGUAUCCCGGGAUAAUUUAUCCCGUUCCAGGUCAGUGCGUGUGGCCAUGGAAGCCCUGGACCAGCUGUUGCUGGCGUGCCACUGCCAGAGCAUCAACCUGUUCGUGGAGAGCUUCCUCACCAUGGUGGCCAAACUGCUCGAGUCCGACAAGCCCGACCUGCAGAUCCUGGGCACAAACUCCUUUGUGAAGUUUGCCAACAUCGAGGAGGACACGCCCUCGUACCACCGCAGCUACGACUUCUUCGUGUCGCGCUUCAGCGAGAUGUGCCACUCCGACCACGGCGACCCCGACGUCAGGGACAGGAUCCGGAUGUCGGGGAUCCGGGGCCUGCAGGGCGUGGUGCGCAAGACGGUGAACGACGAGCUGCAGGCCAACAUCUGGGAGCCGCAGCACAUGGACAAGAUCGUGCCCUCGCUGCUCUUCAACCUCCAGCACGCCCACAGCCGCUGCCCGUCCCCGCUGCAGGCGGCGGCGGCGGCCGAUGCGCAUGCGCAGGAGAGCCCCUGGGAGUUGGCCGAGCGGUGCCUGCGGGAGCUGCUGGGGAGGGCCCAGUUCGGAAACAUCAAAAACGCCCUCAGGCCCGUGCUCGUGCACCUGGACAGCCACGCCCUGUGGGAGCCGCAGGUUUUCGCCCGCGGCUGCUUCCGGAUCAUCAUGUUCUCCAUCCAGCCGCAGCAUUCCCACCUGGUGAUCCAGCAGCUGCUGCAGCACCUGGACGCCAACGGGCGCAGCGGCGCCGCCGUCAGGGCCGGGAUCGUGGCCGUGCUCUCCGAGGCCGCCGCCAUCGCCGCCGCCGGCGCCGUCGGUCCCACGGUGCUGGAGGUUUUCAACACCCUCCUGCGGCAGCUGCGCCUCAGCAUCGACCUCGCCCUGGCCGGGAAUUCCCAAAAUUCCCAAAAUUCCCAAAAUUCCGGAGCCGCCGAUUCCCAGAAUUCCCGGCAGCUGCAGGAGAGCAAAUUCCAGGAGGCCGUCAUCAAAACCAUCGGCUCGUUCUCGGCGACGCUGCCGCCGUACCAGCAGUCGGAGGUGAUGCUGUUCAUCAUCAACAAGGUGCCCAUUCCCGACAAUUCCCGGCAUUCCCAGCAUUCCCGGAACAUUCCGGAGCCCGGAGCCGAGCCUGACGGGAAGGAGAACCGGAACCGCCUGACCCAGCUGAUGCUGCUCAAAUCCCUGCUCCAGGUUUCCUCAGGCCUGCAGAGCAGCAGCCUCCUGACGGCGCUGCCGGGGCCCUUCCUGGAUCGGCUGCUGGCGCCGGCGCUGCUGCCGCAGCCGCAGCUGCAAAUCUUCGUCCUGCAGAUCCUCGGCAGCUUCCUCGACCGCCGCCGCCUCCAGCCCCGCCUGCGCCCCGCCAGUUCCAUCACCGACGUUUCGCUGCUGAAGCUGAAGGUGGAGAAAUGUUCCCGCCAGGAUUCCGUCUUCAUGAAAAAGCACGGGGCGGCGCUGCUGUGCCACGCGUUCCGGGUGUGCCGCCUGUGCCCGGGCUCCCCCGAGCACUUCCGGGCCCUGUUCCGCCUCCUGGCGCUGCUCAGCCUCGAGCUCGGCACCGAUGACGUCAUCACCGACCUCCUGCGCCUCGUGCUCGCCCUGCAGGAUGUGGCCCAGGAGGAGCCGCAGCUGCCGGAGCUGUCGCGCUGUGCCCUGCCCGCGCUGGGAGCUGCCCUGCUGGUGCUGCUGGGGCACCUGCUGGGGGUGCCCGCCUUCCUGCAGCACGUCCAGGAG